UGAAUGUAGACAUUAUUAUAAUUUUUGAUAGUUGAUGAACACGUUUUUGUUUUGAAUUAAUUUCUAAUUGAAAAAAUGUACAUUGAGUACAUGUAGUAUGAAAAAGAAGGAGAUAAGAAGAAAACGAAGACAUCAUGAUUCAUGAUGUUGGAUCAAUGGUUCAGAGUUUGAGCAAACCUUUGUUAUAGUAGGAAUUACAAUUGGAUGGAAAUAUCGAUCCAUCAGAUCAAUAAUAAAACUACAUGAUAUUUUUUGCUCUCUUUUCUCAUAAUCAUCGUCAUCUUCAUCAAGGUUUCAACAAUGCUCAUGCACUUAUCCUUUUAUUUUCAUGCGCCAUCCUGAUAUGUCAGGGUUUCCAGCUACUUUCCCUUUGACUGAAGGUUGUGAGGGAAUAAAAACAUUUCAAUCUGAUGUAAUCAGAAUUUCCUUACAUAUGUGUGUUCAUCAUCUGGAUAUCCCAAUGUGAUUCAUUCGCCGAUGUUGAGAAACAAACAAUUUACUGUCAACAUUGUGUCUCUGUGUGUGUGUCUUUUAUCCAAUGAGGUGGGAUUUUCAAGUUAACCAACUUUUUUGCAUAUUUUUUUACACAAAUUCAAAUAAUGUGCGUUUAUUUUACCAAAAAUGUUUGACAAUUCAUCAUUAAUAAACUAAAUGGGAUUAGUGUAAUCAACGAGCACCUUGUAACAGUUAGAGUUGUUAUUGUACAAUAACAGCUAACUAAUUAUGUGGUCUCCAGUUCAAACAAUAGGUAGAGUAUUAGAAGAUGAUUUUGAAAAUUGUGAAGAAGCACCUAAUUCAAGGUGUAAACAUGCAAUGUGUACAACUCCUGACGGACAUAUCUACCUUAUGGGAGGUCGAAGUGGUAAUAGACCUUUGAAAGAUCUCUGGAGACUUGAUCCAGGUCAAAAUACUUGGGAAGAAGUGAAAUGUUGGGGUGAUCAGCCUCCAAAUCUUCAGGAGCAUACAAUUAUUCCUUGGAAGGAUAAAUUGUUUGUUUUUGGAGGUGAAGUUGGUUUCUCGAGCUCAACUGAGACUCCGCUUUGGAUACUUGAUUUAGGUACAUGUAUCUGGCGUCAAGGAAAUUCAGGUCCAACUCGAUGUAAACCAGGAACUGUAAUGCAACCCUAUGGACGUCGAGCCCAUUCAGCUGUGUUAUAUAAAGACUCAAUGCAUAUCUAUGGAGGUUACCAGGAUUUGAGAGGUUCAUCUUCAGAAUUAUGGUCUUUUAAUUUAAGUUUAGAGCAAUGGCAUCUUGUAAGCUGUUCACUCCGUUGUUCAGAUCAACCAUCACCAAGACAUUCACAUUCAGCUAUUGUCCAUGACAAUUGUAUGUGGGUUUAUGGAGGCAUGACGGAUUUGCAGGAGAAAGGUGAUUUCUGGAAAUGGAAUUUUGAAUUAUCUCAAUGGAGUAAAGUCAAGUGCAAUAAAGGACCGGGUAAUCUUCACAGUCACAGUGCAAUUAAGGCUUUCGGAUGUAUGUUUAUAUUUGGAGGUGAAAGAGAUGGACAACUAUUGCAGGAUUUAUGGCGAUAUCAUUUUGCUUCAAAUACCUGGGAAAAGAUUAAUAUUGUUGGUUUAAUGCCAAAUCCUCGCUGUCGUCACACUGCAGUUGCUAAUCCUUCACUGGACAUUGCUGCUUGGGACAAAGAAGAGAGUGAAUCUCAUCUUAAAAUUACUCGAUCACAAUCAAAGUCAAGUUACAUUUUGAGUAAAUCAGCAUCCAAGUCAAACAACUUGAUGCCACCCAAAUCAAUUUCAAUGUGCUUUGGUCAAAAUCAACAACAAGAAACACCCUUACAUGAGCCCAACAACCUUAACAAGACAAAGGGCAAAACCAACCCUGCCGCUAACAAUAGAAACAAUCUCAAUCAAAGUAAUGCCAUUAAUAAUCGUAAUAAGACAAAAUCAGCCAAAUUUCGUUCCAUGAAGUUAUGUUCGAAAGAAAGCUUUACCAUAUCAGAUGAUGAAGACGAUGCUCAGGAAGGAGAUGAAAAUGAUGAAAAUGGGAUUAACAAUGGUCAAAAACAAAACAAGAUUAGGAAAUCCUUGAAAGACAAAAUAUCUCAAAGUCGAUUGGUUCGAAGUAUCUCAUCAAAUAGUUAUAACAUUUUGCACAAUCAAGCCAAUGGUUUUCAGGAAAAUGGUAAAAUUGAAGCUGAAAAUUUAACUGAAGAGCCUGGUAUUAAUGAUAAAUCAAUACUCAAUGGAAACAAUAAUAAUGGCAAUAACAAGGUUAACAUGAAUGAGAGCAAAAAAGUCAAUAAUCAUUCCAAUAAUUAUCAAGAAAAUACAUUUGAUGAAGAUGGUGAAGGAGACGUUGGUGCACAGGAAGAUGAAGAUGGCGAUGACGGUGAAUUUGAAUGUGAUCUUGAUAUACUUAAAAUGUGUAAAAGUCAAAGUUCGGAGCCUGUAUUGGAAACUCAUCAUGAGUUUGUUGUACGAAAAAGAAUCGAAGGAGCUUUAAGAUAUGGAACAAAGGUUAGACCUAAAUCUGAAGUAUUGGAAGGAUUAUUUCAUCUUGAAUCUUUAAUGGAACACGGUGAAUAUGAUGUCCCAUCUUCAUCAACCUCUGGAGGAGUUCGCGAUGGUCAUAAUAAAGUAUUAAACAAACGGCACACUGUUAGUGAAUCAAUGAGCUAUUAUAGUCUUUGCUUUCCUUCACCACCCUACGGCCGACGGAUUCAAUCACCAGAAGAUUCAAAUGAUACACCCAAUGGAAGCUCAAUCAAUGGUGAUGAAGACACAAGCAGUGCAAGCACUAACACCAAUCGAGAUAAUGGUUCAUCAACAUGCCAUUCAGUUACUAAAGAUGAUUACAAUAAGAUAAUUGUUAAUGGAGAUUCAAUGAUAAUUGAGACAACACAUUCAACAAGAGAACCAGCCAACGAAAGACAAAUUUCCUCUCAUCAUCCCAAUGGCUCCUCUUCAGAUGCGAAUGCAACCAAUAUUAAUCCCGAAUCGAUUCACUUUGAUGAUCAUUUUUACAAAGCUUUGGCUUCACCUGCUGAUGCAACAGCCCGAACAAGUGGUUAUAAUUCAUCUGCUACUCUGUACACACCAAGUAUUGAAAGUCAAGGGUUACCUCAUUCAAUGUCACACUCUUCGGGAUAUCAUUCAUUUUCAGAGGAUUCCUUUGAUCCACCCUCAUCUUCAUCUGUAUACAAUCCUUUUCAUAACCACUGUGGACCACAUUAUUCAGGGCAUCAACAUUCCCAUUUACCAACAACAUCUUCAACAAAUAUAUCAUCUUCAUCGAAUUUAUCAUUUGUACCUCGACGAAUGUCUCGUCUUCCGCGUGAUAAUUCCUCCUUUGAAUUGAAGCAAUUAUCUUCUCUGCCUUUUCCUGCUAAAACUGAAACUAACGAGGGUUUCAAUGUCAGAUUGAGUAAAGAUGUAAGAACUCGUGCUCGUGAACGAGCCUCUCUCCGUGGACAGUCAACUAACCCUAAAACAAACGAGGAGAAAGUCAACGGAAGCCAAGAGCCAAGAGAAGGUUCAAUGAAUAUUGGUUCAAUAGACAACAAAAGAAACAAUCAUGAAAAUAGACUUUGGCAGCAAGCAAACGUGAUAAGAGAGGUAGUUGUUCCUAGUUCACCUGGACCUCGGAAAUGGUCUUCGUAUUCUCCGGUUCGAAGUAAAGUUCACCAGCAUCAUUGGCAGUUAUGUAUGUAUGUCUUUGGUGGUCGCGAACAGAGCUGUAGUCAAACAAUGUACAAACAACCAAUAUCUGUAUGGAAAUUUUACAUUUAAUAAUUAAGCACUUGGAAAGCAAUGAUCUCAAGAUAAACUCAGAAUCAGAGUUUUUUUUUCAUUCUGCUUCUAAUUAUAUAGUCACAAAUCAACUGCCAAUUGAAACAUGAAACAUGCAAUGUUUUCAUUUUAUACUCAACGAUGAACAUUAAUUCUCAUAACUUUUCAUCAUUUAUCGUGCAUUCCAAAACUUAUUCAUCAUUAAUUAGACGUCAAGUUUGGGGAAUAAUAUCUACUUUCAAACGUCCACACAUAAAUACAUUAUAUUAAUAAUUAUAAUAAAGCUAAUUAUAAAAUGUAACAAAUAACACAAUCAUAUACACUUUUUUUCUAGUCAGGUUACCAUAUGAAGUGAAAAUUUUCGUACUAAUCAGAUUAAUCAGUGGUUUCCACUAUGAAUCUUAUUUUCAUCAUCUUUUUCAGUUAAGGUUAUCACAAGAUCCUUCCCAAAAUUGAACUAGAUGCACAAUCUUAAUCAUGACGCUUUUUGGACGUUGAUAUUGAAAAAUCAAGAGAUUAAUCAUAACUGCUAUUGAAUAAAAAUGGUAACCUUCCAUAGACUGUAUUUUGAUUGUGCCACCGUUUAUAAAUAAUAUUAAAUAUACACCAAAUAAAUAUUUCAUUUUAA